CCCCCCCCACGGUGUCAACAAACCCCCAAAUCGAACUUGACAUCAUCCGUACCAACCCUUGCCAGCGCCCCCGGCUCUUGCUGCAUUCCUUGGACACCCCCGCUUAGUGACUCCGCUCUCUUUUGCUCUGUGAAUAGCAUCAAAUCCUCGAAACGCCAGGCCUUGGGCACUUCACGAGCCAUGUCCCCAGUGACUCGCCGACGAUCUGCGCGCCUGGCCAGCAGCGUGGCCAAGGUCAAGGCCACGCCCGAGCUGUCCUCCGUCACGGAGCGCGAGGAGACGCCAGUCCGCAACGCGUCCAGACCCGCCGACGAUGCCUUGUCGCCUACUCCCGCCGCCCGACGAACGCCAGCGACGCCCGUGUCGUCUGCCCUGAAGCCUCCGCACGCAGAAAUGCAUCCCAGCAAGGCCCAUCCGACGACGAGCAAGCCAGACAUCGCGCUCCAUCUGGGCUUCUCCGACAUUGCUUCCAGCAAGGAGCGCGGGCUGACCGCCACGCCGUCCAAGAUCGGCGGGGUGCCGUCCUCCUCAUUCACCUUCCAGAUCGGUACCGACACGGGCCUGAGCGGCGAGGCCCAGAGGAUGAUGGAGGAGAUCCGCAACAAGGCAGCCAAGAUCAAGGAGGGCCUGGUGGCUAAGAGGGAGGCAGAAGCCGAUCCGAGCAACGUGCACGGCCGUGUCAUUGCUCAGCCCAAGGGCAAAUCUGGACGCUUCAGUGCCGCCCACAUGGCCGAAUUCAAGAAGAUGGAUUCUAUUGAGGGCCAUGCCUCAGCUUGGCGAGCCCAGUAUGGACGCUUCACGCCAAUCAAGUCGAGCCUCAAGCGCUCGCCGUCCAAGGCGGAGCUGGACGGAACGCCCUUGGGCCACAACUCGGCCAUGAAGGUGAAUACAUCAAAGCCUCAUCCCGAUGCGACACCACAGCGACCCAAGCCUAGCCUGAAGCGCACCUCCACUGCCGCGAACCUGGACAACGACACCCCCAGACGUGUGGCCCGCAAGGAUGCAACCAACGCAACAAUGCCUGAGAAGUCCAUCUCCCUUGCUCGGGACGCAUACUCAUCCUCUGCGAAGAGGCUUAAGAAGCGGCAAGAGGAUGAUGCAUCGAGCGUUCGGCCCGUCUCACGGGGCAACAACACGACGGGUUUGGCAAAGUCGUAUUCUGGCCUGGCGCGUCUCAUGAGCCCUACCAAGGCAUCGCUGGCCCAGUCUGCUAGCCCUGCCAAGCCAACUGUCAGCCUGGUUCCGUCGGCAGCCAAGACGGAUCUUCCUCGCUUGUCAAAGUCCGUGUCGACGACAAGCAUUGGCUCCGUUACACGGACAGCGGAUCUCAAGCGCCGCAUCAUCAGCCCCACUCGCUUCCAGAAGGUCAAGUCGAUCCUGCGUGGCCAGAAGCACGACACGGAAGAUGGCAAAAGCGCCAUUCCCCAACCGUCUGGUUUCGGAUCGCAGACUCCGGGCCCGGCCCGCAUCAACAAGGAGCUACCCCCCCUGCCUCUCACCACCCCUCGCCGCAAGUUGACGAAGCGCGUGGCGUUCACCCCUGACACAGCCAAGGCUGCCAUAUCUGAAGACUCGCCUUCGCCCAAAAAGGUAACCUUCUCUGCGGGAAGAGCCCCCCUGCGUGCUCUGGAUGCCGAAUACCCGGAGCUCGACGAGCACACGACCUUGCCAAAGUCCAGCAACGGCCUCUACCCCGACCUGUCGCCUCUGAGGCGCCUUAUUCAGUCCCCGUCGGUCGACGGCAAGGCUCGGACCGCAUCCGUGCCUGGCAAGUUUACCUUCCGCAGUGACCAUACUAUCAAGUUUGGCGAUCCGCCGGCCAACGGAUUCGGCGCCUCGCCUGGCCAGGCGAGCAUCCGCCAUGUACGCCAUUCGGUCUUGCCGGCGUCGAGCAUGCCUGGUAGCUUUCCUGCUCCGCCUUCCCCGAGCUCCCACCCUAACAAGGAGAAUACAGCACCGCCGCCGCCCAAGCUGCUCCCCGGGACGGCCCACGGGAUUGCGAACAAGAAGCGACACCGCGCCAGUUCGGAUGAGGAGGACGCAGAGAAUGAAGCCGCCGAGCGCGCGGCCAAGAAACGCAAGAACGAGGCCGUUCCCGAGGGCCAGGCCCUGCUUGCCCCUCGUCUGGCCGGCGCAACGGCCGCCAGCAGCGCCAAGAAUAGGCUCCUUGGACGGACGCCCACCAAGACACCGAGCCGGGCGCCAGCUGUGACUCCAAGCCGAACUCCUGCGUCAGCCACACCGAGCAAGAGGGGCGCUGUGCUGAGCCUGAGCCGACUCAAUAUGCUCGCCCGCCCCAAGAACCGCGGCUAGAGGAAGUGUAGCGGAUGUCGAUAGGGGACGGAGUGGCCGACGCUUAAUUUGCGGCACGGACAAGCGUACAUGUUGAAUAUUCAAGGUCUCUCGCACAUGGCUGGGGCUGGUCUUUGCGGCACUCGAUGAAACGAGUCGGCAACCGUUUACUUGUGGUCGAUCGGCGGGCGUUUGGCGUGUUUCUUGACAGCACAGACGCUUUCGUCUCUGUCUGGUCUUUGCGGCCCGGUUGGGGCAUCCGGCAUUGCCAGAUGCAGACUGGGCUUUUCGGAAGGUUCUGGGGAUCGGCGUUUGGAAGUGCCUCAUGGCACAGAACUUGAUAGGUAUUUCCGUCAUCUCGACUGUGUAUCAAAACUGUAUUAUUCAGCAGGUCUGAAGAAGACGUGCGCGUGGCCCCUUCCCAUCUGCGUUGAAAC